GCAUUCAAAAUAUUUAACGCGACGCGAAUACACGUCCGGCGGGCACUACUAGAUGACAACGAUGACAAUAAAUUUAUAUUCGCUGAGAAUUGUUAAACAGAACGCAGUCCUCUAUUAAUUUUGUAACCGCUAGUGUAUGCCGUAAUUUCUCUUUCUAUUUAAUUGGCUUAAUGAAAAUUGGUAUCGAAUGAAUGAAAAGAAGUGUUAAUGUGGUGUUAAACAAUAAAAAAAUAUUAAUUUGGGAAUAAAGUAAUCCGUGUUAAAUCCCAUUCGUCUUGCCUUACAUAAUAAAUGCGUCCGUUCCAAAAAUUUUCUAGUAUUUCGCUGCUACUUUGUCUUCUUAUAGUAUGUCAAAUUGUUUAUCGCAGUCGUGGUCAGUUCAUCGACGAUUCAGAAACCGAUCCAGAUGAUGAAGAGGAUGAAAGUGUCGAGGAUGAGACGCCGGAAGAGAAAGCAGCUCGUAAAAACAUACAGGAGGAUUCCAAUCUACCUGUGGAUAAAUUAAUUGCAAAAUAUGGCUAUCCGGCGGAAGUUCAUUAUGUCACCACUGAAGAUGGAUAUAUACUAACUAUGCACCGCAUCCGGCAACAAGGAGCUCAGCCAUUCCUCUUACAACACGGACUUGUUGAUAGCUCAGCUGGUUACGUUAUAAUGGGGCCGAAUAUCAGUUUAGCUUACCUUCUUGCUGAUUAUAAAUACGAUGUAUGGCUCGGGAACGCCCGUGGUAAUCGCUACUCUCGAAAUCAUACAAAGCUUGAUCCAGAUGGUAAAAAGUUCUGGGACUUCAGUUGGCAUGAGAUUGGCAUAUACGAUCUGCCGGCAAUGAUCGAUUAUGUAUUAAAAUCUACGGGGUUCAAAAGAAUACAAUAUGCGGGUCACUCUCAAGGUUGCACUGCGUUCUUCGUAAUGUGUUCGCGACGCCCAGAGUAUAAUAAAAAAGUGAUCAUGAUGCAAGCAAUGGCACCGGCGGUUUAUGCCUCGGAGACAGAGGAGCACCCAUAUAUCCGUGCCAUUAAUUUAUAUUUUCGCAGUUUGGUUGGUAGCUCAGUUACGGAAAUGUUUAAUGGAGAGUUUCGAUUUCUCUGCCGCAUGACUGAGGAAACAGAGCGACUGUGCAUUGAGGCGGUAUUUGGAAUAGUGGGACGAAACUGGAACGAAUUUAAUAGGAAAAUGUUUCCAGUUAUUUUGGGUCACUACCCCGCGGGCGUUGCGGCUAAACAAGUAAAACAUUUCAUACAAAUCAUUAAAUAUGGACGUUUUGCACCUUACAGUUACAGUAGUAACAAAAAUUUAGCACUAUAUAAAGAACACAUACCACCGCGUUAUAACCUAUCUCUAGUAACAGUUCCUACCUAUGUCUAUUAUUCAAGUAACGAUUUACUUUGCCACCCCAGCGAUGUCGAGGCAAUGUAUAAGGACCUGGGUAAUCCAAAAGGAAAGUACUUGAUACCAAUGGAGGAGUUCAAUCAUAUGGAUUUCCUGUGGGCAAUGAACGUGAGGAAAUUGGUUUAUGCACGAAUGUUACGAGUAUUGGGAAAAAUAAAGGACCACAAAAAGGGUAAUAGUACAAAUAGUCUUGCAAAUAAGAAUGUCCCACAAAACCGGAGGCGGAGAAGGUGAUCAUAGAAAUACUUAGUAGAUAAUUUGGAUGUUAAUUUAUUCUAACUUUUAACUAGUCUAAGUGAUUUGAAAGAUAAAGCUUUUCUAGAAUAUGUCACUAUUUAUUUUCUCAUAGUUAUAUAAAAAUAGUUGGUAAACAACCCUUUAGAAGCUUAA